AUGAAUCCAUGGGCGAUCAGGUGGGUGUGGUUGCUGUCUGUAACGCUGGUUUUGGCUGCGGGCAGAAGCGUUUUCUGGGAUACUAAUGUGGAAGUCAUAAUCUAUAACGAUUUAGAAGACAAGAAGGAUCUGACCAUCCAUUGCAAAUCCAAGGACGAUGACCUCGGCGUCCGUGUUCUUUCUUACAAGGAAUACUAUGAUUUCCAAUUCAAACCACACUUGUUCGGUCGGACCUUGUUUUUUUGUCGCGUGACAUGGAAUGGAAAGUCGCAUUGGUUUGACGUUUACAGGGGAGAUAGGGAUAAUGGUUGCUAUGAAUCAGAUAUUUGCGUGUGGAAUGUAAGACAAAACGGUCCUUGUACUGAAAUUUUGGAUGUUUGUUACCCUUGGGACACAUAG